AUGUGCGUUAAGGGGAAGCCGAAGCUGAAGAUCGUGGAGUCUCGGUUGAUGGUAGAAGGCCCGGAUGGGGCGAUGGUACCCCUGGCGUCGUCGGAGUGUUUCGCGACUGAAAAGUGGGGGGUGGUUAGUUGCAAGAGCGACCUGGUCGAAGACAAGGAUCAUUGUUGGGCAUGGAACGAUUUUGCUGGCAAGAUGUUCGCCCAACGUACUUGCCACCUGUCUGGACCGGACCCAAAGAAGACAUAUGCUAUCCCGGAAAUAAACGUUGUGAAGCUGCGGAAUUUGGUGGAGAACUGUGUGCUGCCUGUGGAAGAGUUGAAGGAGGUGGAGAAAGAGGUGCUAAGCAUCCUAGGGGACAAGGGUUGGUAUAUUGCCAACGAUGACCAGGUCUACGUGUACAUGGGAUUCCGCAAAAGCUUCCUGAAGAUACGCGAGGGUCUAAGACCGAUCGUCGUGCCGUGGUGCCCACAGCUCGAGCGCCGCAGCCACAAAAGCCCUGUGGGCAACGUUGAACUAGGCAGCGUGCGUCAGGAAGCUGAGAAACGCACACGACAUUACUUUGAGAAACUCAAGGCCGUGACACGUGCGGAAGUGCGCUUUACGACCGAACAUUCGGGCGACACGACCGACGACGAGAUCGACACUGAGCCGGCGGCACAAAGAUCCGCGGACCACUGGCCGGGUGGAGCCUGGGAGACUGCUUCCACCUGGGUGUUGCCCCCGCGACAUGACCCUUCGCUCUUCCUUCCGGGGGCGAUGAACCGUGCUCCGGCGAGGUCUCUGAGCUGUGCCGCGGACACUGGGAAGCCGGACCUGCCCGCUGUUGUACCCGUCCGCGGCCAGUGGCGGUCCUCAUCCGGCAGGACACCCGCGCCUCAGGCUCCUACGUGA